CUUUAUUCUGCAUUGUUGAAAUUGGAGAUUUAAAGGAGUAUCAGAAGAAGAAAAAAAAGAGCUGCAAAUAAAGAUCAGUUAUGUCUUCGAAUGAAAAUCCAACUGAUUCGUCAGCCAGCAAGGACUUUGGCACGAAACUCAAACUAUUUGAGCAAACUAGCAAAGGGGAACCAACAGGGACCAUACUGACCGACGGUCCAAGUAAAUCCCCAUCUAUGAAAAGACCUGGUCAACGCCAAAAACCAGUAACCUUUGAAAGAGAAUCACCGUCUUCAAAAACAUAUCUGUCGCCGCACGAUUCCAGCGUCUUCAAAAAGCCUCAAUGUCUGAUCAGCGCGAGAGAUGAAAAUAUACUUGAAGUAUGUGAUGAUGUCCUUGACGAGAUUUCCCGCAUUGACAAACCUUGUGUCAUCGUGGCAAUUGCAGGGUUAUAUAGAACAGGAAAAUCAUAUUUGAUGAAUCGGCUUGCUGGCGCACACGAAGGUUUUGCACUCGGUGACACGAUAGAGUCAACAACGAAAGGCAUCUGGGUUUGGUGCAGUGUCCACCCUGAACAGAAGGACACUGUUCUUAUACUUCUGGACACGGAAGGAUUGGAAGACAUUGAAAAGGGGGAUUCAAACCACGACAACCGCAUUUUCACCCUUGCUACACUGCUGUGCAGCACCCUUGUGUACAACAUGAAGGGAGCGUUUGACCAGGAUGCUGUUAACAAACUCACAUUUGUGACUGAAAUGGCCAAAAGCAUCAGAUUUGGCAGAAGAUGUGAUGAAAAUAACCUUCUUUUGCAAAGCAUCCUUCCUGGGUUUGUGCUCGCUUUGAGAGAUUUUUCGCUAAAAUUUAUUAAAGGAAAAAGGCAGCUAACACCAGACGAAUACCUUGAAGAAGGCCUGGAAAAUAAACCGGAAAAAAAUGCUUCUUUUAACAAACCCCGGGAGUGCAUCCGAAAAUUCUUUCCACAGGAAAAACGGAAAUGUUUUGCGUUGCCUGUCCCUGGAGAUGCUGAUACUUUGGACAACCUAGAUAGCCUUAAAUUUCAAAACCUUUCGCCAAGAUUUCAGACCGUUGCAACACUUUUUGUGUCAUAUAUCUACAGGCAGGAACCAAAGCAACUCCAAGUUAGCAAACCAGUCAACGGACCUAUGUUUGCAACACUUACCAGAAAGUAUGUGGACGCUUUUGCAAAGGGGGCUGUGCCUGAUGUUGACGAUGCAUUUUCAACGGUUGCUAAAAUCGAAAAUGGGAGAGUGAAAGACGAAUGCAUGAACAUGUUUCGAUCCAGAACAAAAGAUAUACAGUUGCCUCUUCCAUCAAAAUCGCUGGAUAAGCAUUUCAAGGAAGCCCGAUGGGCAGCGCUUGAAUACAUGCGUACAAAUGCUGUUCAGGAUGUCGCCAAUGUUGUUGAAAGGGAGGCCCAGAUGGAAAUGGACUUGUUAUGGCAACAGUUUCAAAAUCAAAAUGAAGAGGAAAUAGUGAAGCAUUGCAAAAACGUACUUUCAGGUUUGGCAUCCUUCUGCAACUUGCAAGCGAGGCUACAAAAGGCAGAUUAUGAAGUGCUCGGAGGACAUAGAAAAUUCAAACGAGACGUCGACAUGGUUAAGCAACAAUACGAACAAGCUCUUCGGGAGUAUGAGCAGCCAAGAGAGAUUGGAUUGGUUUGGAGCAAUUUCGCAAGCGACCUUCGUCCAGAAGAAAAUAAAAUCCUUGAAAAAGAUAAUGAACUUUCCGAGGAAGAAAAAGCGAAGGAGAAAGAAGAAAAUGCAAAAUCAAUUUAACGAAUGAAGGUCGAAAUGGCGGAAGCAAAUCAAGAGGCUUUAGAUAAACAAAGGAAGGAGCUGGGUGAGCAGCAGAAGAAGCUAGAUGCAGAACGCGAAAGGCGAGACAAAGAACAUCAAGCCAAAAUAGAUGACCUACAGGCCAAACUUGCUGCGUCUCUUGAAGCAAAUAAGGAAGAGCAGAAGAAGAUGCUUGAUCAAAUAAGAAAUCAGAAAGCGGAAGUAGGGCGAGCAAGGGAAGAAGCUAAUAGAAGAAUCGACGAGAUGCAGCGUCGUAGAGGCGGCAAUAUUUUUGAAAGAGUUUUCUGUGCUAUACUUGAUAUUUAAGAUGCAAAUAUUUGUAUACACGGUAUUUGGGACAUCAUCUAAGAACAAUCUGAAUUUACUCUAAUAAAUGUUCAAAUAUUUUUCAAUUGACAAUUGAGUUUAAAAACAGGCUUUUUAAAUCAAGUAUGUUACUCUUGCAAGUCAAAUACGUUUAAAAUUCCUUUCAAACAUUUACACUUGAAAAUACCAUGCCUAAGGUAGUAUUUCUGUAUAACCGAACUCUAAUAUACUAGUUUAUUGGCAUGCUUUUAAAGCCUUAUCUGAAUAGAACAUAGCACCCAUUAAAUUAUUGAACCUUUAUAUUUUCAGAUCGUAGAUGCUAUCGUAAAAGUAUCAAGUCAAAAACAUGAAUUCGUUAUUUCCUCAAAAGUUAAAAAUGUCUGUCCGGAUCAUUUGUUUAAACUGCUUGUACCAAACCUUAAUUCUCAAACGAUGUUGUUGGAUAUAUGUUCAUGGUAGUCAGCACUAUUGGUGUUAUUUUUCAAUUUUUAAGAGAAUAGGUAAAGUACAUUUUAAAUAGAUUUAUUAAUUAAUGCUGAUGUAGUUCAUGACUAUGCUAAACCAUCGUAAAGGAGAUUUUGUGGUAUUUAAAUGAGUGUUUUUAUGAAAUGUGCGUCAACUUAAACUUUGAUUUGUCAUUUUUACGAGGGUCGUUCAAUGUAUAAUGUUUAAUUGUUUUUUUAUUCAGAAAAUUUUCGAAGUUUAGGUAUAUUUCAUUUUCGUUUCAACAACUUAACAUCUAUAUUCUCAAACAAAUUCUAAAAUAAAUAAGCACAACAAUUGUUAAUGGGGCCUUUUUAACGGUAAAGAAAUUGAAUACAGUGAAAUUAUCGGGCAAAGGCACACACCAAUGUGUCUUCCUCUAUUUUCUUAUUUCAAAAGCACAAUUAUUUAGCAGUUUUCAAAACUUGAAAAUUGGAUCAGAUGAAAACCAAAAGGAAUCAAAUAUUUAAGUAAGGAGUUAAAAAUAUAUUUAAACUUUAAAUUAAAGGGAAUUGACAUUACCCACAGUUAACAUUUCGAAACGAUAUUACAUCUGUAUGUUUUAAUAAGUGUUAUGGGAUCACUUUUCAUCAAUUGAACUCCGUUGGGUGCUUGAUUGCUCCGUUGUUUCAGACUGUCUUGUUAAAAAAAGAUAAAAAUUACAAAUUAAAUUAAUGUUGUGAUCAAUCGGACUUCUUUAACAAAAAUAAUGGGUUGAAUUAUAGACGUAUAAACUCUGCUAUCAAAAGGCUUUGCAUUGCGUUUAUAAAUAUUGUGCACACUUUGCAUGUUUAUGCAUAUUAGGUAUAAUUAUAUAAGUAGAUAAUUAAAUAUUUAACCUGGCACACUUUGCAUGUUUAUGUAAAUUAUGUAUAUCUAUGUAAUCAUAUAUUUGAAUAUGUAACCUGGGCACAUUGAAAUUGUUUUUAGUUUGAUUUUAUGUGUUUUGUAUGAAUAGGGGGUAGUACGAUUUGAGCUUUCCUUGUGAACUGUAUUACGUCGAGGUCGGUGUCGAAACACGUAUCCGGAGGGGCCGCAGAUCGAGACGGAUACGUAUUUACUCAACGACCGAGACGUAUUGCAGGUCAUCAGAAAAGCGUCCUUUUGUAAUUUUCCAUUAAUAAUAUACCUAACUAUUAAUUGAUUUUUUAUUUUUUGUUUUCAAUUUUAUUUUAUUAUACCGCUAUCAGUCAAAUGUCAAAGUAUAGAAUGGCUUGCGUGUAUGAAUCUGUUACGUACUUUUGUGUAUUGAAGUCGAUGUAGGCUACUCCAGCAAAACAAGACAGAAGUCAUUUUAUUGAGCAAAUAGAAGAAGAAAAUGCUUUAUGUCUCAGCAAAUUAAACGAAUUACGAAAACUAUUACGAAAACAAUUAUUGAAUGCAACAUCACAAAAAUAAAGAACUUAAACGGUACGUUUUUACGAGUCACUUUUUACAAAUCGUCAUUUCCUAAAGACGCGGCCAAUUAAUUAAAACUAAUUGUCGUAGGAAUUAUUGACGAUAAUUUUAUCAGGAAAUGAAGGAAGUUCGUAAGACAAUCGUUAUUACUCUCGAUGCCUUCUUUUUUAUUUUGCGAGCUGCUCAUGUUUAUAAUAAUGUUGCAUUUUUUAUCUUUGAAUUGGCAAACAACUUUAUGUCUAGAUAGACCGAAAGUGUUUCUUGGUUCGUGCUUAUUCUGGUGUGUUUUGAAUACCAUGUUCCUGAAUAUUUACAUGUUACUGGUGGGGUGAGUGAAAUAAGGUAAUGUUAUGCAUCGAUGAUUUGACAGGUUUUACCAGAUAUUUUGUCACGCAAUUUUAGCGACCCGAAAGUAGCGACUACACAACGUACUAGCAUGAUACGGAAUCAGAGAACAAUUUUAUGGUGAUACGGUAGUUUCAAUGCGGUGUGCUGUAUUUUCAAUGUUCGAUAUGGAAAAGGAAAUGUAUGCGUAUAAUUAAUAUAUAUUUAAGGAGUUGAAUAUUUGAAUAUGUAAUCAUGAUACUCUUUAUUUGUUAAAUUGAAUAUUAUAUGAAAUUGUUCUUGUUUACAAUCAUCGCCUUGAUAUAUACACUAAAUUAACAAUGUCGGACAAACGGAAGUUUUAACUAGACCAUGGUCUUUAAUUUCAUUUAGUUGAGAAGCUUCAAAAUAUUAUGAAUGCAUUCAAAUUUGCUUGCAAGUUAUUUAAAUACUGGGAUAUUUCUAUAUAUAACCUUGAUACAAUGUACUUGUUUAGUGAUUAGUUAUAUGGAUGUGUAUUUUAGUUUAUAUUGAUUGUUAUAUCUUUUGUUGUAGUUUUUUAAUUCAAUUAACCUUGUGCGCUUUUGUAUAAGUAUAUAUUUUAUAUAACGGAUAUUUAAAUAUGAUAUCUUGCGACAAUAUUGUGUAACUUUUUAUAGUAUUAAUAUCUGGAUUAUUUUGCCAUUGGUUUCAAUUAACCAUACGCCGCAACACCUUCGUGUAUAUACAUAUUUAACAAUGGCGGAUAAACGUUAACACAUGGGGCCGUUUUGAAGAACGAGCAAAUAUUUCUCGCCUUAAAUCCGGUAGUUAGGUUGUACUGAAACAUUUACCGGAACGUUAUUGCUUAGUUUGACAUAAAUAUUUGUACACUAAUUUCAGGAGUCACUUUUGUUCAUCUUUGUCCGGUUAAUGUUCUGGGCGUGUCGCAAUCAAAUCAUCACCGACACACCAAAACAAAUAGCCGGACAUCAGGUUACAAAGAAAGUGAACUUGAUGCUGAUGUGUUUUAUAUGCCGGAAUAGCUCUCUGUAGACAUUGCGUGUAUGGUCAAUAACGUAUGUGGGAUGAUUUUGUUUGUGAACAAAUAAAGACAGAAGCAUUGUAUGUUGCUUGAAUUAUACAAUGUCAAGUGUUUGUAAUUGAAUGAAUCGUUAUACGUGUUAUGAUAUAUGUUGUUCGUUGUAUUUUUUGUACAAGUUAAUAGAUCAAAUAAUUGACAUGACGCCGAUACGAACUCUCAUGUUAAAAUAUUUUCUGUUUAGGACCCGAACAAAAUUGAUUCUUAUAAAUUGCUUAAGCUAUCUAUUACUAUUACCAUAAAGGGAUUUUCUUAAAUGUUUAAUGCGUGCAGUUUUGGGCUAUGCUGUAUCGAAUUCGAUUACAAAAAGGAAAACACGAUAUUAUAUGUGUGUGUGUAUAUAAUUGACAAGUAUAUAUAUGAAGUACUUUGGCUCUGUUAAGUUCGACCAUUUAAUAGCAUUCAUUUUGCAAUGAUAUUUUUGCUUUUUAUGACAAUUUCUAAGUGACAUCAGGAUAAUAAGUUGUUGAAUGCUUCCGUUUCAUGGUGGCAGCUAUCUAGCUUUUUUAUAUUUUCAAAUAUUUUCUUAUUUAAAUUUCAAACUGUCGUUUGUUUUGUUUGCAUGUUGUUUUCUCGCAAUACUGUCGCUCGCAGCACAACAAUCGAAUUAGUUAAAAAAAACAACAGAAAAACACGUCAUAUCGAAAUAAAAGUCAUUAUGUUCUUGUGAUCACGUCAAAGCUAACAGACGAUACUGCCAAAAUCAACAAGUAUACAUACUGUAACAUUGUAAGCAAAAUGUUUUCACUUUUUGUCAAAAGUUCCAAAAAUAACGUUAUUUUUUACCAGACCAGUCAUGCUAACAAAUGAAUGAAUGAAUGUUACGGAUAAAAAACAUUGAUUUUCUAAAUAUGUACUUUUAUUACUUUUUGUUAUAGCAAGCCGUGUUAAUUACGAUAUACAUUUAGAAGCAAAUAUUUGUUUGCUAGAGGUACAUAAUUAUUUUGCGAGUUUGUACCGUCUAUGUAUUUCUAU